AUAGCUUGAAACCCUAAAAUUUGCAAUGUAUGUUCGCUUGUUGCUGCAACCGAUUGCUUCGGGGAGUACAAAACGACUGAGGCGCUGGUGAUUUCGACUCAAUUCUUUGCUAUUUUCUGCUAUUCGCUUGUUCUAUUCUUUGCUGUCGCUUGUUCUAGUCUCUGCUGGAGCUAUUCUGUAUUCUCUUCAUUGGUUGUAGAGGUGUUCCUGUUCGUCGCUUGUUCUAGUCUGCUGGUCGACUCAGUGACGAUUACAUUACAAUACCUUUCAGAAAACCAGGCUAGUUUUAACCAAAAGUCAACCGAUAUCUGGUGACGCGAACACAGAAAAAUGUGCAUCAGUGACAGGGAAGUGCCUCGCGGGCUCGUUAUAUCGGCCAGCGAACCGAUUCGAUCAUUCCUCGAUUCAGCAUCUAGGGAUCCAAAGCUCUCCUCUGAACUGCAGGAACUCGCUCUAACACUCUUUUCUCAAAGCAAUGUCUCUUACAAGUCGCUCAGAAGUGUAUGGGUUGGGUCCAACCCGGUGACUCGACCACACUUGACUUGCCUCUUCUCUGGAUCUCAGUUCGUCUUCACCAGCCCCAAACCUAGGGAAAAGAGUGAAGAAUUGAAGGCCAGAUUAAGGAAGCUUGAAGAAUUGGCAGAGAGGAAUGCCUAUCAAGAGCUUGUUAGGGAUAUCACGCCGAGGAAGGGUCCUGAAGAACCCUUCUCUUCUUACAAGGAUCAGCUUGGUUUUGGUUUACAUGUUGUUGUCAUAAUGUUUACUGGCUAUUUGGUUGGAUAUGCUGGAUUCCGAGCAUUGUUUGAUCACAGUCCUGCCAUGAAUGCUGCUGGAGGGAUUCUCGGACUGGUUGGUGGGAUGCUUGUAGAAACUCUUCUUUUCAUUAUUAGAUCUACCAGUGGGGAUCGUCAUAGAUCAUCGUCUACCACUUCGAAGCUAAAGAAGGAUCAAUAGAUGUAGUAUGGAGAGAGUUUGGUCCCUUUUUCUUGUUCUCAGUGUUAAAUUAUGAUGAGUAACGAUCUGUAAAAAGAUGUGAGGCGAGGCGAGGCGUGGAGAUGAGAUGAUGAUGAUUAUUUGUAUAAUAAAUUUAAUUAAAAAGAUUAGGGUUAUAAUGUUCAAUUCAAUUUAAUUGUACUUGUUCUUCUGCACCCAAAUUAUGCAAUUCAUAUGUGAUUUCAGCCA